AGAGGAUGCGUGUGGAUGACGAGGAUGAUGGUCGCUCUGCAUGUCAGGUAUAGAUGGAUAUUUUCUAUGUAUUCGUGCCUGGAUUAAGCUCUUCGCAGUGUGUGUUUCUUCUAGUCAUAGACUUGAAGAUUCUGUAGUAUUAACGAUGUCACAGUGAAUCAGCAAUUUUAUUAUAUAAGAAAAUCGAAUAACAGCAAGAUGGCGAAAAGCGCAGAAGUGAAGAUUGCUGUUUUUGGCCGUGCUGGAGUUGGCAAAUCUGCUCUCUUGGUGAGGUUUCUUACUAAACGAUUUAUUUGGGAAUAUGACCCGACUUUAGAAUCUACAUACCGGCAUCAGACCACAAUAGACGAUGAAGCAGUUGCCAUGGAGUUGCUCGACACUGCUGGUCAGGAAGACCCAUUGCAGAGAGAAGGACAUAUCCGCUGGGCAGAAGGUUUUAUAAUUGUAUAUGACAUAACUGACAGAGGAAGCUUUGAAGACGUCAUGACUUUUAAGAAUCUGUUAGAUGAAGUAAAGAAACCAAAAAAUGUCACAUUUAUUCUAGUGGGAAAUAAAGCAGAUCUUGGUCACUCUCGUCAAGUUAGCACAGAAGAAGGUGAGAAACUAGCAACAGAACUGGCAUGUGCUUUCUAUGAGUGCUCAGCCUGCACUGGGGAGGGGAAUAUCACAGAGGUGUUUUAUGAGCUUUGUCGUGAAAUAAGAAGGCGGAAAAUGAUUCAAGGAAAGACCAGAAGAAGAAGCUCAACCACUCACGUUAAACAAGCUAUUAAUAAAAUGUUAACCAAAAUCAGCAGCUGAAAACAAAAGAAAGAUUAUGGAGGAAGCAGCUCUUGUAUUCUGUUUAAUGACAAGCGCAGUAUCCAUGUAAAUGACCUCUUUCUACACUGUAAAUAACUAAUUAUACUGUACAUCUAUGUGCCGUGUCCUCCAUCACUGCUAUAAGUGCCAGCAAUUAUAUGCACAUUACUGAUUGCUUGUUUUAUCUACCCAGUCACCCUAAGGGGGCGUCUAGAUUGGAUGUAUUUUUAGUGUAAAAUUCACAAGGAACCUGCUGCAAAGUCUGCAUGAGUUAUAUGAGCUUGCUGUAGAUUUGAGCAGAGUGUGUAGUCUGCAACAGAAAUUGACAUACUGUGGAUUUAAAAUCUGCACCGCAUGUCAAGUUAUGAGUUUAUUCAUUGUGGACGCUCUCCAAAGCAUGUCAGUGAGAUGUUUGAAAAUCUCACUUUGUAGCACUGUAAAAUACAGAUUUUCCUCAUGAAAAUCCAUAGUGUAAAAUCUGCACCUGUAGCCAUUUCCUAAAACUGGCAGUAAACAUUAAAGCAGGGGCAUAACUACCAUAGUGUCAGACCAUGCGACUGCUAUGGGGCUCUGGGCAAGAAGGACCCAGUCUUAGUAGGGAUUAUCUCCUCUUCUACUGGAGGUGAAAACUUGAUCAGG